GGAAUCUCGCCCUCUGUCUCUCUCUUUGUCUAUUUAUUUAAUGUUUUCUUUUGAAUGUUGAAGCAAUAAUUGUCCACACACCAUCUUCCUUAAUAACUAAUCCCUCUCCGCUUUCUUCUUCCACUUUCAGCCCUUACAACUUUUUACUUAUUUUUCUCCUUUAUUAUGGCUGUUGACCUACACGACCCUUCCUUCUUCAUCCCUUCUUCUCAAGAUCAUCACUUUGAUGCCCUGCAAAACAACAACAUCAACAACAAACCUUACUUAUUUGCCUCGUCUGAGUCUGGCUCUGGGCUGAGUUCACCCACUGGUUCCGAUCACCUCAAUUCCACCAUCACGGAGAGCAGUGAAGAGGAAGAAGACUGUUUUAUUGCUGAGCUCACUCGCCAGAUGGCUCAGUACAUGUUUCAAGAUAAAGAUAAAGAUAAAGAUAAACAGGACAAGUCAUAUGGUUCUCCCAUGGUUGAAAAAAAUGAAGAAACAGCAGCAUAUGGCCAUGGGUUUCAAUCAAAGCAAGCACUUAUCGAUGAACAAAUAAGAGCUAUCCAGCAGCUGAAACAAAAGCAACCAAUGAAGCAGCAGAAGGAACAAAGCCGAGGACCAAGCAUCAUCAAAGACAAGGGAAAGUCCUCGGGGGUUUAACAAUGGCUAUCACUCUAAUACUCCAUGGCAUACUCUACAUCAGCAGCAGCAACAACAACAACAGCAGCAAAAAA